AUGUCUAUCACUCUCUCUCUCUCUCUCUCUCUCUCUCGUUCAAUUUCCCUUUCUCUUUCUCACGUUCUCUCUCUCUCUCUCUUCAGCGAUAAUCUAUCUCGUUAUUUGUUUCCUGAUAGCCAUCUGUGUAACUCUCUCUUUCUCUUCAACACUAGUCCCCUGUCUUUCUCUCUUUUCCCCCUAUUUCUGUCUCUCACUCUCUCUGUCUCUUUCUCUCUCUUAUUCUCACUCACACACACACACACACACAACACUGAUAUAUCUUUUUAUUAUUUUACCUGUUACCCCUACGUAUAUCUCGUACAAUCUCUCUUCUCUCGUUCCCUUUUCUCUCUCUCUCUCUCUCUCUUUCUCUUUUUACUCUAUCUGUCUGUCUGUCUGUCUGUCUGUCUCUCUCUCUCUCUCUCUCUCUCUCUUCGUUACCUCACUCUUUCUCUAUCCCCCUCUCUCUCCCUCUCUUACUCUCUCUCAGUCUCUCUCUUACUCUCUCUAUCUCUAUCUCCCUCUCCCUCUUCAGUACUGAUUUAUCUCACUCUCUUUCUCUAUCCCCCUCUCUCUCUCUCUUACUCUCUCUCACUCUCUCUCUCUUACUCUCUCUCUCUUACUCUCUCUCUCUUACUCUCUCUCUCUCUAUCUCCCUCUCCCUCUCUCUCUUCAUUAUCUCACUCUCUUUCUCUAUCCCCCUCUCUCUCUUACUCUCUCUCUCUCUAUUACUCUCUCUCUAUAUCUCCCUCCCUCUCCCUCUCUCUCUCCUCAGUACUGAUUUCUCUGUCUCACUCUCACAUUCUCUCUCCCCUCUCUCUCUCUCUCCUUUCUCACUUUCUUUCUUUCUCUCUCUACCCCUGUCUUUAUCCUUGUCUUUAUCCCUCUCUGUCCCCUCUCUAUCUCUCUUUAUUACUGAUGUAUCUGUCUAUUUACCUAUCCCCUGACUCUCUCUAUUUCACCACUUUGACGACACGUUCAUUUUUUUUUUCAUUUCUUUCUUUGCAGAGAGAAUUCCACUAUUUUAUUCGUCUGCCAUUGGCUUCUUUUGCGACACACGCCUGA